AUAUAUAUUUAAAUAUUCAAUCUAUUUUUACAUUGAAAAAAAAUGUUUUGCACGACUAUUUUUUUUUGAAAUACGGUAUGAGUAGCACGACAUUUUAGAUCAUAUCAUAGAACAAUGUGUCAAUAAACUGUAUUUAGCUCCUAGUAGAACACAAUUAAUCCAAAGGCCAGAUUCUGUUGACAUAUUGUGGGUGGAAAAAAGAAAAGGAGUAUAUUCAUAUUAAGAAAAGAUUGUUUUGCAAACUGAAAGCAUUCUUGCAUGACAAGAUUCAUAGGAAUAUUUUAAUAUCACAUUUCAGGAUGAACUAGCUAAAGUCUUGCCAUAUUGAUAGCACCCUUUCAAGUGCAUGACUUACUACUAACUCGGCUCGAACCAAAACAUUGUCCUACAAAAGGAUCCUCCUAUUAGAAAUCUUAAAAAAAAACCAUCCAUCACCCUCUUAAAAAAACAUGUUCCUGUCUUGCAUUAAAACCAUGAAUAUUAUUAUCCUAUUCUUCUUGUUUUGUGUCGGAUUAAGCCAUGGUGCCAAUCAAAAAACACCCUUCCAUGGUAGAAAAGGACAGUGGCAACUGCUUCUCAAAAACACAGGUGUAGUUGGAAUGCAUAUGGCAUUAACCUACAAAAACACUGUCAUAAUGUUUGAUCAAACAGGAGCAGGACAGUCUAGGUACAAACUUCGAAAACGAUUCGAUGGAACCAUGUGUUCAACAAGCCGCAACGAUUUAAUUGAUUCAACAUGCUAUGCUCAUUCAAUUGAGUAUGAUAUCAGUUCCAAUAGAAUAAGACCUUUGAGGCUUGACACUGAUCCUUGGUGUUCCUCUGGCUCUUUCUUAAGCAAUGGAACACUUUUACAAAUAGGAGGGUAUCAUCAAGGUGCUAAAAGAGUGAGAUUCUAUAGGCCUUGUGGGAAUCAUCAAUGUGAUUGGAAACAAUCAAAGAAAUCUUUAUCUGAUGAAAGAUGGUAUGCUUCUAGUCAGAUUCUACCAGGACAUGACAGAGUUGUUGUUGUUGGUGGAAGAAGAACUUUCACAUAUGAAUUUGUACCCAAAAUUAGUCCUAAUGAAAAAUCUUUUGAACUUCCAUUUUUGCACCAAACUAAUGACAGAAACUCAGAAGGGAACAACUUAUAUCCCUUCACUCACCUUUCAUCCGACGGAAACUUGUUCGUUUUUGCUAACCGUGAUUCGAUCCUACUCAACCUGCGAAGAAACAAAGUAAUCAAGACAUUCCCUCGGAUACCAGGAAAAGGGUCGAGAAACUACCCGAGUUCCGGCUCGUCGGUUUUACUCCCAUUAGACCAUAAAGACAAGUUCCAGAAAGUUGAAGUAAUGGUAUGUGGAGGUUCAUCAACUGGAGCACUCAAAGCCGCUAGACGAAAAAGAUUCAUCGAAGGUUUAAGAUCGUGCGGGAGAAUGGUGAUCACAGGGAAUAAACACACUUGGGAAAUGGAUUACAUGCCGAAACCGCGUUUCUUACAGGACAUGUUGAUUCUACCUACAGGAAAUAUCUUGAUUAUAAAUGGUGCUAAACAUGGUUGUGCAGGAUAUGACAAUGCUAGAAAUGCUUCACUUGAGCCUUAUCUUUAUAGUCCAAAUAAAAGACUAGGAAAAAGGUUUAGAGUCCUUAAGGAAACAAAGAUAGCUAGAAUGUAUCAUUCAUCAGCAACUCUUUUACCUGAUGGAAGAGUAUUAGUAGCUGGUGGUAAUCCACAUGGUAGAUACACUUUUCAUAAUGUGGCAUAUCCAACAGAACUUAGACUUCAAGCAUUUGUUCCACAUUACAUGGAAAAAAGGUAUCAUACUUGGAGGCCAAGUAACUUGACAAUAGAACAUGUUAGUGGUGGUGGUGGUGAUAAUCAUGCAAUUGGGUAUGGUAAAGAGUUUAGUGUUAGAUUUUUGUUGAGAAAAAGGGAAAAUGAUCAUGAAGUGAAGUUUAGUGUUUAUUCACCACCAUUUACUACUCAUGCUUUUGGUAUGAAUCAAAGGAUGUUGAAUUUGAGGUGUAAGAGAAUGGUGAGAAGAAGUGAAGGGUGGGUGGAUGCAGUGUUGGAAGCUCCACCAUCAUCAUUUGUUGCACCUUCUGGUUAUUACUUGCUUACGGUUGUGAAUGGAGGAAUUCCAAGUAUGUCUCGGUGGAUUCAGUUUGUGCAUGCUUAGGAUUCAAAAUGGUUCAAAGGGAUAUAUUUCUAUACUUAUUACAAAAAUUAAGUAAUGAGAGAAAGUUAUAUAGUUAAUAGUUAGUUAUAUACAUUUCCAUAAGGCAUUAUUGCUCUUAGAUCACAAUUUGUAUGUCGACAAAGGAUAUAAGAAAUUACUAUUUGAAAAGCUUAUACCUUAGAUUACUACUUGAAUGAAGCUCAUUCUUAAUGGAA